AAAAAAACUCCACCAUGAUUUUGGAAAACUCCAAUAAUCUGCCAUCCUAUUUGAAUGAGGAUUUCUUCAAGGCCGCCUUGGAGGUAGGCCUACGCGACAAUUGUGUGGAUAUAAAGAAAAUUGAAUUCGGCGAACCGAGUGGAGGCGGAGAGAACUACUGUAGCAAAAUAUAUCGUGCCAAAGCGUUGUAUCGUUGCAGUAAACGCCAAUUGGACGAGGAGUUGGCAUUGAUUGUGAAAAGUAUUGCCAUAACACCGGCUACACAAUUCCUUGAGGAUUUGGAGGUCUAUUUAAGGGAGAAAAUAUUUUAUUCCGAAGUUUUGGAUAAAUUGGAAAUGCUAAUUGGUCAAGGGACGAAGUUUGGAGCAAAAUGUUUCUACACAACCGGCGAACCAAUGCAAACCAUUGUUUUUGAUGAUCUCACCCAGUAUGGCUACAAAUUGGCGAAUCGGCAAAAGGGACUCAAUGAAGAGCACUGCGUGAUUAUUUUACAAAAAUUGGCCAAGUUCCAUGCCUCCUCAAUGGUGUUGUUGGAAAAGAAUCCCUCUUUGACGGAACACUUUAAAGGUGGCAUGUUAGAUGAAACCUAUAUUAGGACUAGUGAACGUUUCACAGACUUCAUGAGUCUACAUGUUAGGACCUUGGCCGAUAUGGUAGCCACCUGGAAGGGCUAUGAGGAAAUCAGUGAAAAAUUGCAUGCCUAUUGUGAUAAUAUUACUGAGAAUUUGGUCAAAACAGGACGUCCACGACCAGGUGAAAUUACUGUGCUAAAUCAUGGCGAUUUAUGGGUUAAUAAUUUUAUGUAUAAGUAUAAGGCGGAUAACUGCAAGGCACCAGAGGAUGCUGUAUUUGUCGACUUUCAAAACAGCUUCUUUGGCAGUCCGGGCUGUGAUAUCAAUUUCUUUCUGAAUAGCAGUGCCCAACUGAAUGUUCUGAAAUAUCGUCGAAAUUUUCUCAUCGAAACUUAUUAUGAGACGUUCCAUGAGGCAUUGCGGGGAAUGAAUUAUGAAGGAAUUCCUUCGUUGCAGGACAUACGAGAGGAAAUAACAUCACGUGAACAAUAUGGUUUCUUUUCGUUGUACUCGUUCCUGCCCAUGGUCGCUAUGCGUAAAGAAGAUUCGGCUGACAUCAGUUUGGAGGCUCUGGCUGAUAAAGAGUUUGCCCGCAAAAAGGUUAAACUGAUGUUUAUCUCAAAUCCUCGUACAAUUGAGACUAUCAAAUAUGCUCUAAAGCGUUUCGAUAAAUUGGGAAUAUUUGAUGCGGAGCCAUGA